UUCGCUGCCGCCGUGAUGGGCGGGCCGGGGGCGGGGCGGAACUGGCGCUCGGCCGCGCCCCCGUCUCUGUGGCGGCCGCCCGAGCGCGGCGGCGGCAGGCGGAAGAUGGCGGCGGCCGCGGCGGCGGCGCUGCGGGCCUGGUUCUGGAACGAGCGGUUCUGGCUCCCGCACAACGUGACGUGGGCGGACCUGGCCGGCGAGCCGGGCCCGCCGGGCAGCGGGCUGCAGUACCCGCGGGCCGCUCACGUCCUUUCCGCCUUCCCGCUGGCGCUCGGCAUCUUCGCCGUGCGGCUGCUCUUCGAAAGGUUUAUUGCCAAGCCAUGUGCCAUAAACCUUGGCAUUCAGGACAGUGGACCUCACAGAGCCCAGCCCAAUGCAAUUUUAGAGAAAGUGUUUACAUCCAUCACUAAGUCUCCAGAUGGAAAAAGGUUAGAAGGCUUGUCCAAGCAGCUGGACUGGGAUGUCCGAAAGAUCCAGCGCUGGUUUCGGCAGCGGAGGAACCAGGACAAACCCAGCACCCUCACUAAAUUUUGUGAGAGCAUGUGGAGAUUUACAUUUUAUUUCAGUAUAUUUUUUUAUGGAAUCAGGUUUCUCUGGACGGCACCCUGGUUUUGGGACACACGACAGUGCUGGUACAACUACCCUUUCCAGCCUCUAACAUCCAGGCUUUAUUAUUACUAUAUCUUGGAGCUGGCCUUCUACUGGUCCCUCAUGUUUUCUCAGUUUACAGACAUUAAACGGAAGGACUUCCUGAUCAUGUUCGUCCAUCACUUGGCCACAAUUGGGCUCAUCACAUUCUCGUACAUGAAUAACAUGGUGCGGGUUGGAACGCUGGUGCUGUGCCUCCACGAUGCUUCAGAUUUCCUCUUGGAGGCUGCAAAACUGGCCAAUUAUGCCAAGUACCAACGUCUGUGUGAUGCUUUCUUCAUGCUCUUUGGGGUCGUGUUCAUCGUGACCCGCCUGGGCAUUUACCCUUUCUGGAUUUUGAACACAACCCUGUUUGAGAGCUGGGAGUUGAUCGGUCCCUACCCUUCCUGGUGGCUGUUCAACGGGCUCCUGGUGACCUUGCAGGUCUUGCAUGUCAUCUGGUCUUACCUCAUCAUCCGUACGGCCUACAAGGCCCUGGUGAGGGGCAAGGUAUCCAAGGAUGACCGCAGUGAUGUGGAGAGCAGCUCCGAGGAGGAGGAUGUGACUUCCAACAGCACAAAAGGAAUUUUCAGCACUUCCAGUAACGGUUCCAACCGCCUGAACGGCCACGUGGCCGGUGGCCAGUGGACAGGAGAGGAGUAAGGCCCUGGGCUGGCCUUGAGCAGACACGAACUUCUCUUUCAAUAUCUAGUUGUGUUGAGCUCCACAUUCCCAAGUGAUCUUUAAUCAAAAACCCCUUCCCAGAAACCUCCAGCAGACCCGAAAAGGGCACAACCCUGACCAGUCAGAGGCUUUGCACGGCACAAGGGAUGAAGCCAACGACUGGGGCAAAAAUAAAGCUGCAGAUUUCACUUCAAGCCAUUUUGUACUUCAAAAGUACAAGAAAACACCCUGACUCCUGUUGAUAGUUGCAGAGGUGUCUUUGUUUGUGACAAACUGGCUUUUACUGGGAUCAGCUCGAGGCAGAGCAGGUUUGGACCACAGGGUUCGGUGCCACUCAGCAACGGUUCGCUCCCAGCAGGUGCAGUAGCUCUUGAUGCACUCCAGAAGCCACUUCAGAGCACAGAGAACACAGGUUCCAUGUCCCAGCUGCCCUGGGUGAGGCAGAGACUCUGCUCCCAGCUGAGCUUUGAACUGUGCUAACCCAGAACCACUGCUCUGCCUCGCCCCAGGCUGCUGGGGAGGUCCCAGCUGCUCAUGGCUGCUGUCACCAGGGACCAGGCCAGCAUCUGCUGCCUCUUUUGGUGCUGCAAACCCCUCGGAAGUCUUGACCAAAGCCUUCUGCAAGGGGGUGGGGGGUGGUUUAUUGCCCCUGAGACAACCAGCAUAAUCCAGGCGUUUUAAAUUUUCUUCCUGUUGAAAAUUGUGGGUUUGAUGACUUCUCUAGUCCUACUGGAUUCAGUUGGCUAAACUGGGAUUGGAGGGAGGAUCAGAACUGGUAGGCUGGGUUUAACUCUCCAAAAAAUGAGAUGUUUUGGUCCUGUACUCUGAGACAAGUGAUUGUUGCUGCUCUGAUGUUAGAGCUGUGGAGGAACCCAGGGCUGGAAGAGCAGCCACACUGUGGGCUUUGCUUCUCUUUUUUUACUCAAUGGUACUUGGGGGCAAUGGAAUGGUCAAUCAGGAGCAGAAUUUUGGAAACUUCUCAAGUUGUUACCAUUUUAUACUGUUGUUUACUCUUAUCUCCAAUUAAAAGUUGCUUCAGAAA